AUGGCGUUUGGAAUGCUAAUCUAUAUUUUGCUGAAAGCAAUGGGGGCACUGAGUGAAGAGUCAGCUGUUACUGUUUCAUCCCUCAGCACAGACUUAUGGAAUAACUGGACAAAAAACAACGCUGAAGUAGACUACACAGAGCAGCCAAAGCUCUUGAAGCUCAUGCAGACCUGUCUUGAAGAACACCACAGCUAUUGUAUCAACGGGCUCUGUGCUUUCCACAGCGAAUUGAGGAAACCCAUAUGCAAGUGCCUUGCAGGUUAUAAUGGAGAGAGGUGUGAACAUUUAACACUAAAUUCAUACGCACAUAAUUCUUACGAACGCUACAUUGCUGUGGGAAUUGGUGUAGGAAUACUGACAAGUGGGAUACUUGCUAUCAUCUACUGCUACGUAAGAAAGAGAUGCAGGAAAUUGAAAUCACCCUACAAAGUCUGCAUGGGCGAGACAGCGUUGUGAAGAUCUGGCGUUGGGACACUUACCAAUUUGCCUG